UAUUUCAAAAUGGAGCUGAGGAUACUGGUUGUGUUUCGAGUGUUUCUGAUUAUUCUGGUUUUAUUUUCUCUUGGUGUUGAGAUCAAUGAAGCCAGAGGGGGGCGUGGUGGCGGUGGUAGUCGAGGUGGGAGUCGUAGUGGGUCGAGAACAUCAAGAACUGGUAGCUCCACCAGCACGCGGAUGUACCGAGGUCCAUCGUACUCUAGAGGCUCAUGGAAGACAGCUGCAGCAGUUGGGGUGGUGUACGGCCUCAUGAGCUAUAGAACUCGAAGCCUGUACCUCCGAUACCCAAACAGAGAGCCAACCAUCUGCUUUAAUGAGAAGAAUCUGAAGAAUGAAACCUACGGCUAUUUCAUCUGCCCGGAUAAAACCCAGGCAGAUUCAUUCGACAAAUGCUGUGGCAGCAGCGAUGAACAGAGGUGUUGUAACCUCAAGGACUACCAGGCACAGAAGAAGACAGAAAGUAUUGCGGGAAUAGUUGUGGGAGUGAUCAUAGCGUGUGUUGCAAUAGCCGUGUUUGUCUACUGCUGCAUCAUCAAGAGAAGGCGUCGGGCAGCAGCAGCAGCCAAGGCCGGCAUAGUGAUAACUAAACCUGGCGAGCAACCACCAUUUAACCAAGAACAACAGCCUUUAAAUUAUAACACUUAUCCUCAAGGUAACGAACCUGGCAUGAUACCUCUCAACAGCUACUCUGACCAGCCCCAGCCCCCUAUGCCACCCCCAGGGGGUAUGAUGCCCCCACCCCCAGGGGGUAUGAUGCCCCCACCCCAGGGGGCUUACAACUCCGGAGGCCAGGGAUUACCCUACUCCAUGAGUCCAGCUGGUGCGAAUGAGUACCCGCCACCGGAACCAUACCCCCCAGGGCAGAUGCAGGGACAGGGCCCCAUAGGGUUUGAGGAAGGCAAAGGCCCCCUUCCGAAUGCUGAUGUUUCAGAGGGUCCCUGUCCUUACCCCAGCAACCCAAACCAGGGACCGUACCCCCCGCCUAGUGGCAAAGGCCCUCUUCCGAAUGCUGAAGUUUCAGAGGGUCCCUGUCCUUACCCCAGCAACCCAACCCAGGGACCGUACCCACCAUUUAGUGGUGGUUUUACGACCGAGGCAGGCAUUUCAGGUGGUCCCCAGCCAUAUCCCUAUGAUCCCAACCAGGGAUACCACCCUCCCCCUACGGGCCCAGCAACAUCUGUGCCGUCUGCCCCACCACCGCCUUACUCUGUCUGAAUCAGCCAAUCAGAGAGCCCCAAGCAACCUUCUGCUGAGAAGCUCCACCAACCAGAAGGUGCCUAAAAAUCUUAUGCUGAGUAGCAUGUCCAAUCAGAAAGCUUCUUACAACUUUCCUCUGAGAAGCUCAAACAAUCAGAAAGCCCUAUACACUUUUAUGUCGACAAAGUUUACCAAUCACCUUCUACACAUUACAAACCUGAAUGUUGAAAAUUAAUCAAUUAGAUGUAUGUAGUUACCUCAAUUCUGGAACAUUGUAAUGCAAUUGUUACUUAAUUAUUAUUUUUGUACCUUUUAAUCUCAUUAUCUUUUUAUACUAUUUAGAACAAAACAAAUAUUACAUUUUAGUUUUGGCAAUAAAUACAUGUGCAUGUAUAAUUAUUAAAUUAUAUCACUCCUGCUGUUUUUGACUUGAUAUAUAUUUAUAUAUAUAUAUAUAUACUAAACAAUGUAUAUAUCUCACUCAAGUGACGUCACUCUGACUAAAUUGUGUUACUGAGUUGUGCCCCUUUCAGAAAAACAAAACAAACCAGUUAUAUGCAUUCACACGUAAAACUCUGGUUUGUGUUUUAUUGACAAAGAAGGGUCUUUGUAGCUGUUGAAAACUUUGUGGAACUGCUUUUUAUAUUGUAGGAAUUUAAUAAUUGUCGAACUGCUUUUUAUAUUGUAGGAAUUUAAUAAUUUUUACGGUGUUUUAUUUCCUGUGAUAACAAUUAAAGAUGAUAUUGUGUAUUUUAGUUGUGAUUUACUAAUAUCUACUUUAUAUUUACUUUUUAGUAUUUGUUAAACAGAUUUUUUUUGUUAUUUUGACUGUAGCUUUUCAUUUAUCAAUUUGAACUGUUGUGACACUGCCAUUUACUGAAAGCUUUUUUUCAGUUAGAUCAUAAUUUCUGCUUACAGCAGUUUAAUAUCUUACCCAAGAAUUAAAAUCUGCAAUCAAUUCAUUUUGAUGGAGUUAAAUGUUAGCGUAAUUAUAAUCAUUAGGAUUAUUAUAAUCUCCAUUAAUUUCUGCCACGGUGAGAAGUGAAAAGUCCAUAGAGAAUAACUUUAUAGCCCUUUAUUUCUUUUAGUUCAUAUUUGAAUAUGUCGCUCUUUUAUAGAUAUAGGUUGACUGUUCAGAAGUUUGUGAAAGUUAACAUUAUUGUCAACAUCGUUAAACCAUAAUUAAAUUGCAAAUAUUUUUUGCACUGGAAGUUUGAUGGAAAAGUUCAUAAUUUGCUGUAUUUCUAAGAACUUGUGAGACACAACUACUUCAGUUGUUCUUUUUUAUUCAUUUGUAUGAGGACAUCAUCAAAUACUUAAUGUUUUAAUGUUAAAAAUGAUGUCAUUAAUCACAUUUUGAAAUGAUGCAUAGUUCUAAACAAUCCAGCCAAUGUGUUAGAACUUUUUAAACUUUACAAAUAUUUUUUUAAGUUUUGAUUUAUAUGAAAUAAGUACAAACAAGGAAUAUACAAUGUCUGUUCGUUAUCAGUUUCUGUUUGAUAGAAACACAUCUACAUAUGCUCUCCACGGCUCUUGUGAUGAUGAUUAUUUUCAUCUAAAAAAUCAAUGUAUAGUUAAAAAAUAUAUUUAUGAAAUAAAACUUCUGCUGUAUAUACAUGCUAUAUAUACUUUUAUAUUAUUACUCCAUUUGUACUCUACCUACUAAUGUAUAGAGUUUUUUAUUUAGUAUAUGUCAUAUUUUGAUGUUAUAAAAAUUAUAAACAGAAUUUUCUAUAGCCAUUGUGGACAUUUUAGCUUGUAUACUUUUCGAAGACAAAAAAGUGGAGUGUGUUGGCUUCGUGCAAAAGUUCAAUCUUUGACAUCACUCAAAACCUGCCUACAAUAUUCUGAUGAAUCUUAAUACACAUGUCGCUUAAGGCAUUAGGCACAUAUAUAUUAAGUUUCAUAACAUUGGCCUAAAAGGUUAUCAAGUCAUGGCCCAUGUUUGCUGGGGAAAAACAGGUAAUGUUUAUGAAAUGCCUCCACAGCGCUAUUGUUGUAUUUACAUCUUAAAUCAAUUUUAAAAUCAUUCAGCAGAACUUGCUCAUUCAAUAAGUAUUUUUAUAUUGUCAUGCUUUCUAUAUCCUUUAGGAGCCUCUAAAAUUUUGAACAAAACUUAAAGCAAUUUAAUUUGUUUCAAAAAGUUGUUAAAUUUUGGACAAAAUGCAUGGUCAUGAUCAAUAGAUUUACUCCGUAAUGUUUUUAAUCUAUAGGUACAAAUAACUGGUUAACCUUAUGACCUUUUGUCAUCUAAAUAAUUUAAUGGAUUAGCUGAAUUUUAAUAUGAAUAGAUCACCACACCAAUUUGGGCUUAAUGUGCUUGUACCUACAUGCAAAUUAGCGGAAAAACCUUUCUCACUGAAUUCCGGGUAACACCUAUUAAACUGAUCAGAUAUUGACCAUAAUGUUAGAGAGGUUGUGAACAAUUAAGUGUACUUGUGAAAUGUAGUUACACAUACACAUCAAAUGUGAAGGCUCCCUGAUAAUGGCAUAAAUAACUUUUGUUAUGCCAGUUCUUGAAAUUACCAAAAGCCCACAAGCCUGCAAGCCCUGCCCUGCUAACAUACUGUCCCGGCUUGCUCAAAUUCUGAUUUGAUAUCAUAUAGCAGGGCUUGUAUAUAGAAAUGAAUCCAAGUAUUAGUGUAAGAAGCCAAACUUAUUCAUUCAAAAGUCUAGUUUCAAAGACUGUUAUGCUAUUGAACACAUCAUUGUACAAUGUGUCAAUAUCUGAAUAAUCUUUUGCAAUUGUACAAGAUGUGGUAUUUCGUUCUGUUGUGAAAUGAUAAUUGUUCCGAUUAGUUCGGUAUUGUUUUUAUAUCAAUAAGUGGCUGUGUUAUCUGGAACAGGUUAUCCACCUUAUUCCAGUUUUUUUAGCUUAAUGGAUUGUUGUGCAGUUAAGAUGUAUAUAGAAUGCUGAGUGUGAAAACUGACUGUAUUUGUUGUUUGUUUGUGAUGUACAUAUCUUAUUUCUAUUUAAUAUUUUAAUUAGAAUCUGGGCUAAAGUUCAGGUUAGUUAAAUGUUGUGUCGCUUAAGAAGCUUAGAAGACACGUGUUAUAGGGAUUUCUUUGCGAGGCGUCGUCACACUUCUGUUUUUAUUUUAAUCUUUACUUUUCAAGGACUUGUUUUAGAGUCCUUAAAUUAAUAUGCACAUAAGUCAUGGCCAGUAGAUGAUUGUACUGAUUUGGGGGUCAUAAGGUGCUUUGUAUUCGUCCCAUAUUAAAUUUGAUUUGACAUCAUUGGACUGUGCCGACAGGCGACAGAUUCAGUUUUGCUGAAUUCUAGUUUUUAGCUCACCUGUCACGUAGUGACAAGGUGAGCUUUUGUGAUCACUCUUCGUCCGUCGUCCGUCCGUCCGUCCGUCCGUCCGUUCACAAUUGCUUGUGAACACAAUAGAGGUCACAAUUUUGACCUAAUCUUUAUGAAACUUGGUCAGACUGAUCAUCUCUAUAUAAUCUAGGUCAAGUUCGAUAUUGGGUCAUCUGGGGUCAAAAACUAGGUCACUAGGUCAAUUAGUACAAAAACCUUGUGAACACAAUAGAGGUCACAAUUUUAGCCUAAUCUCAAUGCAACUUGGUCAGAAUAAUCAUCUCUAUAAAAUCUAGGUCAAGUUCGAUAUUGGGUCAUCCGCAGUCAAUAAUUAGGUCACUAGGUCAAUUAUUAGAAAAACCUUGUGAACACAACAGAGGUCACAAUUUUGACCUAAUCUUUAUGAAACUUGGUCAGACUGAUCAUCUCUAUGAAAUCUAGGUCAAGUUCGAUAUUGGGUCAUCUGGGGUCAAAAACUAGGUCAGUAGGUCAAUUAGUAGAAAUACCUUGUGAACACAUUAGAGGUCACAAUUUUAGCCUAAUCUCAAUGCAACUUGGUCAGAAUGAUCAUCUCUAUAAAAUCUAGGUCAAGUUCGAUAUUGGGUCAUCCGCGGUCUAUAACUAGGUCACUAGGUCAAUUCGUAGAAAAACCUUGUGAACACAAUAGAGGUCACAAUUUUAGCCUAAUCUCAAUGCAAAUUGGUCAGAAUGAUCAUCGCUGUAAAAUGUAGGUCAAGUUUGAUAUUGGGUCAUUCACGGUCAAUAACUAGGUCACUAGUUUAGCUCACCUGUCACUUUGUGACAAGGUGAGCUUUUGUGAUUGCCUUUUGUCCGGCGUCCGUCGUGCGUCGUCCGUCAACAAUUUACUUAAAAGACAUCUCCUCCUUAACCGCUGGGCCAAUAUUAAUAAAACUUCAUAGGGAUGUUCCUUGGGUGGUCUUCUAUCAAAGUUGUUCAAAGAAUUCAAUUCCAUGCAGAACUCUGGUUGCCAUGGCAACCAAAAGGAAAAACUUUAAAAAUCUUCUUCUCCCAAUACACAAGGCUUAGGCCGUUGAUAUAUGGUAGGUAGGAUGACCAAAUGGUCCUCUACCAAGAUUGUUCAAAUUAUGGCCCUGGGGUCAAAAUUGGCCCUGCCCCGGGGGGUCAUGGGUUUUCUCUAUAUGUUUAUAGUGAAAACUUCAAAAAUCUUCUCCUCUGAACUUAAUUGGCCUAGAGCUUAGAUAUUUGUCAUGAUUCAUCGUCUAGUGAACCUCUACAAAGUUUGUUCAAAUUAUGGCCCUGGGGUCAAAAUUGGCCCUGCCCCGGGGGGUGAUGGGUAUUCUCUAUAUGUUUAUAGUGAAAACUUCAAAAAUCUUUUCCUCUUACUUACUUGGACUAGAGCUUAGAUAUUUGGCAUGAUUCAUCGUCUAGUGGACCUCUACAAAGAUUGUUCAAAUUAUGGCCUUGGGGUCAAAAUUGGCCCCACCCCGGGUGGUCAUGGGUAUACUUGAUAUGUUUAUAGUUAAAACUUCAAAAAUCUUCUCCUCUUAACUUACUUGGACUAGAGCUUAGAUAUUUGGCAUGAUUCAUCGUCUAGUGGACCUCUACAAAGAUUGUUCAAAUUAUGGCCCUGGUGUCAAAAUUGGCCCUGCCCCGGGGGGUCAUGGGUAUUCUCUAUAUGUUUAUAGUGAAAACUUCAAAAAUCUUUUCCUCUUAACUUACUUGGACUAGAGCUUAGAUAUUUGGCAUGAUUCAUCGUCUAGUGGACCUCUACAAAGAUUGUUCAAAUUAUGGCCUUGGGGUCAAAAUUGGCCCCACCCCGGGGGGUCAUGGGUAUACUUGAUAUGUUUAUAGUUAAAACUUCAAAAAUCUUCUCCUCUUAACUUACUUGGACUAGAGCUUAGAUAUUUGGCAUGAUUCAUCGUCUAGUGGACCUCUACAAAGUUUGUUCAAAUUAUGGCCCUGGGGUCAAAAUUGGCCCUGCCCGGGGGGUCAUGGGUAUUCUCUAUAUGUUUAUUGUGAAAACUUCAAAAAUCUUCUCCUUUGAACUUACUUGGACUAGAGCUUAGAUAUUUGGCAUGAUUCAUCGUCUAGUGGAACUCUACAAAGUUUGUUCAAAUUAUGGCCCUGGGGUCAAAAUUGGCCCCGCCCCGGGGUGUCAUGGGUAUUCUCUAUAUGUUUAUAGUUAAAACUUAAAAAAUCUUCUCCUCUAAACUUACUUGGACUAGAGCUUAGAUAUUUGGCAUGAUUCAUUGUCUAGUGGACCUUUACAAAGAUUGUACAAAUUAUGGCAUUGGGGUCAAAAUUGGCCCCGCCCCGGGGGGUCAUGGGUUUUCUCUAUAUGUUUAUAGUUAAAACUUCAAAAAUCUUCUCCUCUUAACUUACUUGGACUAGAGCUUAGAUAUUUGGCAUGAUUCAUCGUCUAGUGGACCUCUACAAAGUUUGUUCAAAUUAUGGCCCUGGGGUCAAAAUUGGCCCUGCCCCGGGGGAUCAUGGGUAUUCUCUAUAUGUUUAUUGUGAAAACUUCAAAAAUCUUCUCCUUUGAACUUACUUGGACUAGAGCUUAGAUAUUUGGCAUGAUUCAUCGUCUAGUGGAACUCUACAAAGUUUGUUCAAAUUAUGGCCCUGGGGUCAAAAUUGGCCCCGCCCCGGGGUGUCAUGGGUAUUCUCUAUAUGUUUAUAGUUAAAACUUAAAAAAUCUUCUCCUCUAAACUUACUUGGACUAGAGCUUAGAUAUUUGGCAUGAUUCAUUGUCUAGUGGACCUUUACAAAGAUUGUUCAAAUUAUGGCAUUGGGGUCAAAAUUGGCCCCGCCCCGGGGGGUCAUGGGUUUUCUCUAUAUGUUUAUAGUGAAAACUUCAAAAAUCUUCUCCUUUAAACUUACUUGGACUAGAGCUUAGAUAUUUGGCAUGAUUCAUCGUCUAGUGGACCUCUACAAAUAUUGUUCAAAUUAUGGCCUUGGGGUCAAAAUUGGCCCCACCCCGGGGGGUCAUGGGUAUACUUGAUAUGUUUAUAGUUAAAACUUCAAAAAUCAUCUCCUCUUAACUUACUUGGACUAGAGCUUAGAUAUUUGGCAUGAUUCAUCGUCUAGUGGACCUCUACAAAGAUUGUUCAAAUUAUGGCCCUGGGGUCAAAAUUGGCCCCGCCCUUGGGUGGUCAUGGGUUUUCUCUAUAUGUUUAAAGUAAAAAAAAUCAAAAAUCUCCUCUGAACUUAUGUUGCUUAGAGCUUAGAUAUUUGGCAUGAUUCAUCGUCUAGUGGACCUUUACAAAGAUUGUUCAAAUUAUGGCCUUGGGGUCAAAAUUGGCCCCGCCCCGGGGGGUUAGGGUAUUCUCUAUAUGUUUAUAGUUAUAACUUCAAAAAUCUUCUCCUCUGAACUUACUUGGACAGAGCUUAGAUAUUUGGCAUGAUUCAUCGUCUAGUGGACCUCUACAAAGUUUGUUCAAAUUAUGGCCUUGGGGUCAAAAUUGGCCCUGUCCCCUUGGGGGGUCAUGGGUUUUCUCUAUAUGUUUAUAGUGAAAACUUCAAAAAUCAUCUCCUCUGAACUUACGUUGCUUAGAGCUUAGAUAUUUGGCAUGUUUCAUCGUCUAGUGGAACUCUACAAAGUUUGUUCAAAUUAUGGCCCUGGGGUCAAAAUUGGCCACACCCCGGAGCUGAUGGGUUUUCUCUAUAUGUGUUAUAGUGAAAACUUAAAAAAUCUUCUCCGAACUCACAAAGACAAGUAACGUCUUAAUUUAAACUGGAUAACAUAUUUAGUGCACAUACCAAUUUUCAAUAUGGGCCACAUACAACAAUUAAUAACAAAUAUACAUAUAUAGAUACACACGUAAAAUCAAGUAGUGACAAGAGCUUAGAUAUUUGGCAUGAUAUAUCAUCUAGUUGACUUGUACCAAUAUUGUUCAAUAUUUGGCCCUGGGGUCAAAAAAUGGCCCCACCCGGGCGGUCAUGGGUUUCCUUAUAUAUAUGUAUAUGAUGAAAACUUAAAAAAUCUUCUUCUCCGAAACCAAAAGGCGAAGGCCUUAGAUAUUUGGUAUGAAGCAUUGUUUAUUGGACCACUAUUAAGAUUGUUCAAACUUUAGCCCUGGGGUCAAAAUUGGCCACGCCCCGUGUUCAUUGGCUUAGGUUUUUAAUAUUUGUAUAUAAUGGAAGAAUGUGCAAUAUAUGACAGGUGAGCGAUUCAGUGCCAUUUGGCCCUCUUGUUUAGUUAUGUUUGCUAUUGUGCCUCUAUGUUACUGUGCUAUUCAAGUUGUGUGUUUUAACUUCAUAGAAUCUAAUUAUUUAUUCUUUAAUUCACCCAACUGUUGUAAAAAUGGCCUAUUUAAUGAUAGCUGGUUGCACUUUUAAAAAAAAUCUGUGGAUGAGUUGUCAGUAACUGAUGCAACGUUGGUAAAACCCUUUCUACUGAGUAGUGCUAACAAAUAAAUUGUAAUGCCAUAUUGGUUCGUUUUGAUUAUAAGUCAAUUCAUGAUGGGAAUUGUGAUGUUUACAUCAGGUGCUGACUGAAAAAUAGUGAUGUUCAUACUGGUUUGUAACGUACAGUUCACUAACAAAUUUGCUGUUUAGAGUGUAUAUUGUUCGCAAUAAAUUUGUUUAUCCAUUCAUGUUUGGUGAUAGACACAAAUAUUUACAUUUCCCCAGUUCUUUGUAUAGAUAAAACUUGAAGUUCAUAUUGUAUAGAUAAAACAAAAUGUUAUGAUGUCAUUAUUUAUUUCAAUAUUAUUUCAAUAUUAUUUAUUAUGAUGUCAUUAUUUAUUUCAAUAUUAUUUCAAUAUUAUUUAUUUCAAUAUUGGAUGAAUGUGACGUUAUUUAAACAAUGAUGUACAACGUUACAUAAAUCAGCUAUUUCUUUUAUACAAACAUUUGUUGUUGAUUAUAUUUCUUUAAGAACAAAUACUGAAUUGCAGAAGAUACUGCUAAUUUUUAAUCAUAAUACUUUUUCCUAAAGUUGCAUAUAUGCUGUACGAAGGCAGCAAUUCAAGUUAGAAAAUUACCAAGAAGGUCUAGCGCGCUUCAUGGAAUUUAUUCGCAUGCCCUACUGGGUUCGUACAGCAUAAAUGCAAGAAAAAAUGUGAUCAAUCCUUAAAUAAAAUCCCUAAUAUUUCAAGCACAAUUUUGUUGACACAUGUACCAGGGUUGAUCUUGAAUUUCUUAUUUUCUUGACAUAUUUUUUCUAAUGAUAUAUUGGGGAAUUGAUAUUUACAAAUAAGAAAUAUGAUCAAAUUACAGAUUUUUAUUGAGAAAUUAAUUUGAUAUUUUCAGCUUCAUUUUUUCCUACAAUGUUUUUAGGUUUUCAAUUUUGAUUGUAAUUCAUGGAUGCAUUCACCAAACAGAUGGCAUUAAUAGGGGCCAAUACAUGUCAAGGACUUCAUGUACUGGAGACUCAUGAUUUGUUUUUCUCCUUUUUUUCAAUAGUUUUAUUUUUCUUUAAAUGUACACCUAACUAUAUUUUUGGUGUGAAUUAAACAUGUUUUGUAUAUAUUUCCUCGCCACUGCUUUAUCAAAUGCCUUCUUUUUUAUUUACUAUUAUUACGUGUAUUUACAUAGUAAUUGUGUAGACUAUUUUACUGCAAUAAAUCUUCAUUUACCUAAUGAA